CAAGAUUCCGCUGUUUCUGCAAUGACCUCGCCGAUAACGGAGUCGGUAGUGUAAGCAGUGUUGUGUGCUCUCCUUGCAUGGUGGAUGAUGGCCGCUUCAAAGCCCGUUGAGCCGCAGUCCGGGAGCAGUCUCCCUCGCUGGCAGCUGGCCCUCCUGAUCGGAACCCCCAUAGUGCUGGGUGUAGGAGCUGUUUACCUGUGGAACCGCAGCAAGACGAAGGACUCACCGGGGAAACGGAAUGGGGAACGGACAACUCCAGAAGGCAGCGCGAGCCCCGUCCAGGGCCAAGACGGCGCAGCUAACCGAACCAGUCGCGAGCUGGAGGACAUGAGUCCUCUGGACCGGGCCCAGGGUGCUAAGAACAAGGGCAACAAGUACUUCAAGGCUGGGAAGUAUGAGCAGGCCAUCCAGUGUUACACAGAGGCCAUCGGCCUGUGUCCUAGAGACAACCAGACAGACCUGUCCACCUUCUACCAGAAUAGAGCUGCUGCCUACGAACAGCAGAUGAUGUGGACAGAGGUGGUGCAGGACUGUACCCAGGCUGUAGAGAUGAACCCACGCUACAUCAAGGCCCUGUUCAGGAGGGCCAAGGCCCUGGAGAGACUGGACAACAAGAAGGAGUGCCUGGAAGAUGUGACGGCGGUGUGUAUCCUGGAGGCCUUCCAGAACCAGCAGAGUAUGCUGCUAGCAGACAAAGUCCUCAAACUGCUGGGGAAGGAGAAGGCCAAAGACAAAUACAAGAACCGUGACCCCCUGAUGCCUUCUCCUCAGUUCAUCAAGUCCUACUUCAGCUCCUUCACCGAUGACAUUAUCUCCCAACCGCUCCAGAAGGGCGAGAAGAAGGACGAGGACAAGGACAACGAGGGCGAGGCCGCAGAGGUCACAGAAAGUUCUGGUUAUCUGAAGGCCAAGCAGUACAUGGAGGAGGAGAACUAUGAUAAGAUCAUCAGUGAGUGCACUAAGGAGGUGGAGUCUGGUGGCCGGUACACUGCUGAGGCCCUGUUGCUACGGGCAACAUUCUACCUCCUGAUUGGCAACGCCACCGGCGCCCAGCCCGACCUGGACCGGGUCAUCAACAUGGAGGACGCCAACAUCAAGCUGAGGGCCAAUGCUCUGAUCAAGCGUGGCAGUAUGUACAUGCAGCAGCAGCAGCCUAUGAUGUCAACACAGGACUUCAACAUGGCCGCUGAGAUCGACACGCGCAACGCAGACGUCUACCACCACCGGGGACAGUUGAAGAUCCUUCUGGACCAGGUGGAGGAGGCUGUCGGAGACUUUGAUGAGUGCAUCCUGCUCAGACCUGACUCUGCUCUGGCACAGGCUCAGAAAUGUUUCGCCCUGUACAGACAGGCGUACACUGGCAACAGCCAGUCCCAGGUGCAGACGGCCAUGGACGGCUUUGAGGACGUCAUCAGGAGGUUCCCUAAGUGUGCCGAGGGGUACGCUCUGUACGCUCAGGCGUUGACUGACCAGCAGCAGUUUGGCAAGGCAGAUCAGAUGUACAACAAGUGUAUUGACCUGGAGCCUGACAACGCUACAACAUACGUCCACAAGGGGUUGUUGCAGCUCCAGUGGAAGCAGGACUUGGACCUCGGCCUGGACCUCAUCAGCAAGGCCAUCGAGAUUGACAACAAAUGUGACUUUGCCUACGAAACCAUGGGAACUAUCGAAGUUCAAAGGGGCAACCUGGACAAGGCAAUAGACAUGUUCAACAAGGCCAUCAACCUGGCCAAGUCCGAGAUGGAGAUGGCCCACCUCUACUCACUGUGUGACGCAGCAUAUGCCCAGACUGAGGUAGCCAGGAAGUAUGGGCUGAAGCCACCCACACUGUAACUACCCUGUCACAUGACCCAAGACCCUCCCACUCUCCACUGCUGAACCUGAUUGUAUUAUAACUGCAGAUGUUUCGGUCAUUUGGUUUUGUAGACAUACUGGAUAAAUAAAAAAGAGAAACUUGAUCUGUGACCAAAUAUCAGCAUUUCCCAAACUCUGUCCGGGGGGGGGGGCAGCAGAGUUUGGGAAACGCUGCACUACAUGAUCAUGUUUACAUCACUUUGAAUCGAGCUUGUAACAAAUGAGAGGCUUUACUGUUCACAACCAAGGCCAGAACCCAAACAUCUGGUAAUUAAUGGUCUUAACCCACACACCCCUCUUCCUCAAGGCCCUUGGUUUGACCCACACACCCCUCUGUUUCUUGGUACUUAGUUUAGCCCAGAUCACCAACCCUUAUGAUCCUUCCUGUACCUCACUGUCUGGUCUGUUAUCAGAAACAUGUGAAUGGCCAUGUGAAAACAGGUAUCUACCCAGAAAUGAUUCAACCUUCUAAAAUCAAAAGGGAGAUUCUUUCAAUAGACUUCUCAUUGACUAAUCCAUAUUUGGAAGUAUUUAAGAUGAUUAACGUUGUAUGUUGCCUGCACACUGAGAACGGAAUAGAGUUCCAAUGGACUGUUCAUGUGUUUGUUACUGUUCUCUUCCACGUUUCUGUCCAGACACUUCCAUGUCCUCAAGAUGAUGUAACAUUAUCGAAUGGAAAAUUAAAUUAAUGAUUAAAAUGUUAGUCAAAUGUGUGUGUAUAAUGAUGGAUGUCUGUGUUUGGUGUAAUGCUGGAGUUGACGAUGUGUGGGAUAAAGGUCCUAAAGUAGUGUGGGAUAAGGGUCCUAAAGUAGUGUGGGAUAAGGGUCCUAAAGUAGUGUGGGAUAAGGGUCCUAAAGUAGUGUGGGAUAAGGGUCCUAAAGUAGUGUGGGAUAAGGGUCCUAAAGUAGUGUGGGAUAAGGGUGGAGUUGGGGUCCUAAAGUAGUGUUUAAUUUGAGGGGAUUGCCUGUUUUUUUUCUAUAUUCCGUACAGCAUGUGAUAUUUCUCUAAGUAAAUGUUGAUGCUGAAGUCAUCUGGCCAUGUUGGAAAUGCUGACGUGAACAUUUAGACCUGAAAUUAUUCAUGUCCUGAUUCAGAUUCUCAAUGUACCGCUUUUAUUUUUAUGUGGUUGUUUCCCCAACUUAUAGAUUCAGAAAAUGUCAGAAGGGACAAUUAUUUUAAAUAUGUUUUCAUGCUGUCGUAAUUUGCAGAGGGCAGGUAUGCCACAUCAUAUGUAGUGGAUCUGUGGAUGUUUGAGGCAGUGCUACAGAAUAAAACAUGUGACUAUGUUGGGAAACAAUACUGACAUUCUUCCCACACAGAGAUGUAAUCAUGACCAAAGUCAGAGAGAGGACAUGGGAAAAUAAAGAUGGAACUUGAA